AUAAAAUAAAUCAAAAAACUUUUAAUUAAGUAAUUAAGAAUGUCUAAGAGAAAGCACUUUUCUGCUUAUUUUAACAAAAAUGAUGAAGAAAUAAAUCAAAAAUAAGAAGACAUUCAAUAAAAGACUGAAUAUGAAGAACCUUUAGAAACAGUUUAGAAGAAUAAUUAAUAAGAUUUAGAAAAAAAAUUUUUCUUUUAAGUGAAGUAAGAGUACAUAGAGACUGAAAACGACAUAUCUGAUCAGAGCUAGUAAUAAACUAGAUAAAUAAAACCUUCAGAUAUUACUCAAAAUUAGGGAUCUGAUAAAGAUAGCGAGAAGAUAAGUAACGAAUGUGAUUAGAUAUUACUGCUAUCAGUAAAAGAAGAAGAAAAAAACUAAAAAAAUUGUAAUAUCCUUAUGAAACAACAAGAUUUAAAUAUAGACUUCAAAAUAAAUCACUAAAAUUGUUCAUCUAGUUAAAUAAGUAGAAAUUACUUUUCUUCAAAAUCAAAAUUUUACUUGUUUGCAGAUUAAAUAGUUGAUUUAAAUUAUAUGAGAAGCAUAAUUAAAAAUGAGGAAGAAGAUUAUUUAAAGGAAUAAUAAAAAAUAUGCAUUUAUAAGAGCAUGAAGCAUAUUCAAAACAUAAUCCAUAGAAUUGAUAAUAAAUUUAUUGUAAUAUAAAAUGAACUUAUUGAGAAAUAUAUGGAUAAUGUAGAUCAUAUCACUCAAAUGUUAUAGUCUUUGAAUGAUUAAACACUUUUUAAAUUCUCUUAAAACAUUUAAUGCUUCUGGUAAAAUCUUUAAACAUACAGAAAAACAAUUAAGCAAGAAACAGAGGAUAAGCUUUUUAAGAGUCAUAUAUUUGAAAGAACAACAGCUGGAGAAUUAUUAUACAACAAAAUUAUAUCUGAACUAGAUCCAAAAAAAAUUUUUUAUUUUAAUUAUUAUAAAGUAAACUAUGAAAAAUGUUAACUGGAUAGCUGCUAAGCAGGUUAUAGUCCUAUAUUGUAAGAGAUCUUAGGAGGCAAUUCAUAUGCUUUUAAAGAAUAUUUAUCUUAGCAAGGAUUCAUUGAUCCUCUAUGUUAAUAAUAUAGAUUCACAAAAUGCUUCACUCUUGCAGACUAGUACCUAUUAUUUUAUUAGUAACGUAUAGAAGAAGAAAUUCUUCCAUAAGUUUAAACCUAUCUUUAUACUUUGGAUAAUUUUAAAGUACCUGUUUUAUUAAAAACCAAAAGAAUUUAUUUAAACCAUAAAUAUGACAAAGAAAACGGAUUAAAUUUUAAUACUCACAAUAUUUUAGGUCUUUAUGAAUUUUAACUAUUAGAUGAAUCUAUAAUUUAAGAUCUUUAAAAUGCAAGGUUCGACACUAAAUAUUAAUAAAUUUUGCAUAAUAAAGAGAAUGACUAUUAUCGCUUGAGGCACAAAGUAGAAAAUAUAGAAUUUAUUUAAAAACAUUACUAAAAUUAGAUAUUUGAUCUACUUAAUAAAGGAAGUAAAUGGUUAAAAAGAUGUGGUUUUGUAGAUAUUCCUUAAAAAAAUUUAAAAAAAGAAGAAUUUAACAAAAUCGAAUAUAUUGACUGA